UGGCCCACAGGUGGCAGGCCCUGUUAGGCGAGGAUCUGCUCCGUCCCCGCCCAGUAAAGAGCAGGAAAACGCACAAACGCAGCUCUGCAUUUGCACUUCGCCGCUUGUUGUCAUUGUCAUCCCCAUGGCACUGUACGAAGAUGCCGAAGCACAGGACGACUGCAGCGAGUGCCCGGUGUGCUACGAGAUCCUACGGGGAACGGAGAGAACCUUGAGCUGCGGUCAUGUCUUCUGCCACGACUGCCUGGUCAAGAUGCUGAUCAGCAUCCACACCGAAGGCCAAAUCCAAAACACUAUCGCCUGUCCCGUGUGUAGACACCUCACCUUCAUCAGGAAGCGGCACGAAGAGCCGCUCGCCUUGGCGGAGGACGCCAAAGCGGAGGCGGAGGAGGACGGCGGAGCCGGAGGGGGAAGCGGCUGCGGUAGGCAAACUUUGGAGGUGCCCGUGGGGACGCCGCUCGUUCGCCUCGAGGACGCCGCGUCCGCUACUUCUCUCUUCGGGCGGCUGCGGCGUUUCUUCUACCCGGGCUCCGGAGGCCAUCGGCGGCAGGGCUUCGUCCGGGGCGACGCUUGCAGUCACUCGGAGAUCUUCAUCAUCAGCGCCCGGGGGAGACCCAUGACCGAGGAGGACACGUUCAGCGUGGUGUUGACGGUGGUACGGCCGCCGAGGAGGCACCGCCGUCGGGUGUGCAGCACGUCUCGAUGCCUGCUGGUGCUGCUGUCCACCUUCACCCUGAUUGCGCUCGUGGCAGCCGUUUUGCCUUGGAUCCUUCUUGCCUAACGAUCAUUAACUUCUGGCACUGAAAUUCUAAAAAUGAGCAUCGACAACCAGCGACGACAAAAGUAAUUGCACUUUAUGUAAGAAGAGUUGGGUUUUAAAACAAAACAAAAAAACUGGUGAAAAUAUUGUUUGAAAAUGGAAAUAAUACGAAGAUUCAACUCCUGUGGCACAAAAAUGAACUUUACUAUGAUGGGGAAAGGGAAUUUUUACGUUCAGUUUUGAUCAUUUUGCACAAAAAUAUAAAAUAAAUCUUUUUUUAUUUAACAUUUCUAUUGCAUAAGAUAUUUUUUUUCUGUAUUGACUUAUAUUAACUUUCACACUGCAAAUUUAUAACGUCUUAAUCUGAUAUUUUUUCUUAAAUCCAGUCAGUUAAAUUUUGAGUGUUAACGGCUAGUUAACAGAUUAACGCAUCAGAUUAUUCCAUUUACGUUAAAUAAUUAUUACUAUUUGUUCUAAUUAAGUCAAUACAUCUGAAAGCCGGUCAUUUUCCACCUAAACCAAGAAAAAAAAAUGCUUUCGAAUAAUGUUGGAACAACAUCUAUUGCUGCAUUAAGAACAUUUCUAAGAAAGAAAGUUUUUUUUUUAGAUUAAAUAUACAAUUUUUUUCCUUAGAAUAAAUCUGUUAAGAUUAUUUUCAGCUAGCUAUUUUUCUUAUUUCAAGAAAUCUGAGUAAAAUCUACUUGAAGCACUAGCAGAUAAUUUCACUUAUUUCUAGUAGAUUCACACUGAAAAGAGGGGAAUUCAAUUUUUUUAUUUUUUUUUAUUUUUAUAGUUUUAAGGAGGUUUUUGCAGUGCAUAUGUAUUGGUUCAGGUGAUACACCGUUUGAUUCAAACCUCUGUUUUCAAAAAUUACUAAAGAAACAUUUUAAAAACUUCCAGAAUAAAUACUAGAUUAUAUUAGCACAUAUAAAAUGCAUCCUUUGAACACAGAUUAUAUUAACACAAGAAAUACAAACGUGUUAAUCAUCUCUUAAGUAUCCAGGAAUGCAAAAACAACAACAACAACAACAACAAAAAAGUGUCUUCAUACCACUCAAAAUUGUCCGUCGUCAAUAAAUUAAAUACAACAAAAAAAAACUUGUUAGUCAGGGAAUAAAAAAAUUAAUAAAAAUGGAGCCUUCCAACAUACUGCUUUUGUCCACAAGCACAGACAAACCCAACAAAAAAUGAAAGCUCCUUUGGGCUGCUUUCAGACAACAUACAAAAUAAAAAUGAAAACUGGGGGGAAGGGGGUAAACCUUGGUUCACUACAUUUCUUACAGUUUAAUUAACGUUAACAGUAGAAAACAUCCAGGAGGAUAUUUCUCUCAAAGCAGCUUACUCCUCGAGUUCGAGAAAUUUGCACGGAUUAAUGUUAGGCUAACUCUGAUGCAGGUCAGACUUUCAAUGGCAAAAUUAGUGGCAAUUACGUUUUUACAUUACUUACAGUGGCUGUUGCUGUUGGCGGAAAAAGAAAAAAAAAACGUCUAAUGUACCUCGUC